AUGGGAUAUAAUGAAGAUAGAAUAAAUAUAAUUUUGAAAAUAACUUUUUUAUUGUGGGAAAGACCAUCAAUAAAUCUCUUAAGGCUAUUUAUUUUAUUAACAACAACCAACAAAGAGAUAUCAAUUAUCAAUGCAGUUAGAUAACAAAAAAAUAUAUACAAAGAAUUUUUUAUUUGCUUGUUAUUAGUUGUUAAAUAGAUAGAGUCAUUUCUAAAAUGUUUGCAUGUGGAAACUUUGAAGAAUUUCUUGCGAAGAAAGAAGAGUGAGUGA